UGUAGGAAGAAAAAAAAAAACGCACGCAGCCGAGAAUCCAAUGGGUCAGUCUCAGCGAGUGGAUUGUGUCUGCAGCUAGUGUUUACGGACUGAGUGACCUCCCGCUGCGGUACACACCUGACAGAGCUCAGUUACUUAGAGAGUUCAGAUUUUCUCCAACAACAGAACCAAAAAGAUUCGCAAAGACGCGCAAUAAUGGCAGCAGAGUUUAGCGCAAAGACUUAUCCGCAUCAUUCCGCGUUGCAUCCGACGGUUGACCUCCCUAGAAAGAUGCAAAGAAGAUACAGAGUGUAUUUCGUUUUCGUAGCAGUGCUGCUUGGAGCGGUUGGGACUCUGGCCAAUAAGGACACAUGUCCGUCAAAGCAGUUUACAACCAAUGGAGAAUGCUGCCAGCAGUGUGCGCCCGGCGACGGUGUCAUCGUACCAUGUGGGGCCAAACAGACUGUCUGUGCUCCAUGUCUUGAUAGUGAAACCUUCUCAGAAAGUUUCAGUCACACAGAGAUAUGCCAACCCUGCACGCAAUGUACAGAUCUAUUCCGCAUGGAAACUCCCUGCACUGACUCCACUGACGCCAUUUGUGUGUGCAACUACGGUUACUACCUGGAUAGAACCACACAGAAGUGUCAACCCUGCACUAAAUGUCCUGAAGGCCAGGGAAUGUUGUACCGCUGUGAGGAUGACCGUGACACAGGGUGUGAGAAUUGCACUGGGGACACAUACUCGGACCAGGAAAGCUCUUGGAAUCCCUGUAUUCCCUGCAGUACUUGCGAUGAUGAGAUGGAAUUAAAGGCCUGCACCCCCUUCAGUGACACAAUUUGUCAAGGUCCGGAUAUCACAGAGACUUCCACUUUUGAGCCCUCCGCGGCCACUUACGAAGACUACACGUUUCAAGAUUUCCCACCAGAGAUCCCUGCGGACAGCAGCACCAGCAUCACCACCACCACCACCACUAAUGGUAAUUCCCAGCAGCGGAUCUACCAGGGUCUGAAUGAUAAACUCAUCCCCAUCUACUGCUCCAUCCUGGCAGCUGUGGUUGUCGGCCUUGUGGCCUUCAUCAUCUUCAAGAGGUGGAAUAGCUGUAAGCAGAAUAAGCAAGGAGCCAACAACUGCACACCCAACCAAAACCAGACACCUUCACCUGAGGGGGAGAAGCUACACAGUGACAGUGGCAUUUCUGUGGACAGCCAAAGUCUGCAGGAGCAGCAGGGCCAGAGUCAGGCACAAACAGUUGUCAACAUGGACGAAGAGCCUUGUUUGCUGCUUCCUCUCCACACCAGAGAAAAAGUGGAGAAGCUGCUGUUUAAGGGGAGCGAUGGAGACGACUGCAACCACAUGCACGACAGCGACUGGAGCAGCUUGGCGACCCUUCUUGGAUACGAGGAGGAGCGGAUUGCGACCUUCCAGCAGGAAGAGCAUCCGGUCUGUGCCCUCCUGUCGGACUGGGCGAGAAAGGACUGCGCCAGCAUCGAAGCACUGUGCACGGCGCUGCGUAAGAUCAAUCGUGAAGACAUCGCCCAAAGCCUGGUGCUCAGCCCAAGUGCCGCAAAAACGACAGUCACUUCUGUAGUGUGAUUUUUAAGCUUAACAGUGAUUUCAAACGUUAACACCCAAACCUUAAAAUAUUCUUCCAUGGCUUCCUCUAUGCUAUUCCCUUAUGAAGCUACCAGUCACAGUGAUGAUCCAGUGCCGUGAAUCCUGAAAAAUAUGUUAAAUCAAUGCAUAAUACAGGGAAUCAGACAAACAUUGAAAGCUAGAUAAUGCUAUGUGAAACCAAAUCCACAUUUAUCCACAAAACAUACAGCAAAUUUGUAAACAAAUGGUCUUGACAAACUUUGCUCUUAACGUCUAUAAUCAUUCCAUUUGGAGCCUGGAUAUCAACCUGCCUGAAGUGAAGGUAUUUUUCAUUCUUGACUCUUGUCCUUCCUCCAGCUUGAUCUUCUGCAUCUUUAAUAUUAUCUUCACUCAGCACAGAUAGCCAGUGCACCCAUUACUGAUAGCACUCAUAAGGCUGUGUUGUACUUUCAAAUCUAUGCUACCAAAGAGAACUACAUUUUCCUCAGUCGCUCACACGUUAUAUUAUUUCAGUGCCAUGUUAGACUGUUUAAAUUUAAGUUGACAAAUGGCUCAAACCUGUUACUGCUACUGGAUGAGGCCUGCAUGCAAGUGAGUGUCUGGAUCUUUGCAAAUGUGACAACCUGAGGAAGUGAUGCUCGGACGCAUUUCAAGUGAAACUGUUCUCUUUCCAGAAAAAAAGCUGUUACUGUUCUUUUAAAUAUUUGUAUUUGAUUUAAGACAUGGAGCUGUAGCAGCAGUACACGUGUAAUUUAUCUCAGUAUCAGCUUCAUCUUAUGUUGCUUCUGUGGACUCACCCCACCCCCCCCAAACAAGUGCUAUAACAACUGCCUGGACUUUGCCAACUAGGUGGACUGUGGGGCCAGGUCAUUGACCGAGGCAACAUGACUCCAGCCUGUGUGCUCAGACCUAUCUGCAUAACACAGAAACUCACAGACAGACUCCAUACUGACCCAGAAAAGGGAAGGACGUGGAAUUCAAAGCUCACAUAACAACCAUGUAUACAACAUGUAGAUAUGCAGGCUAAUGCACACACCAGAUAUAGACAUACUUGACAUACAUACGCAAAUACAGUAUCUAGGCUUGCAUGCAUGUACUGUACACAAACACACACGAAUACAUACACAAAUACAUACACAGAUACAGUAGCUCAUGUAUGCAUUUGCAUUCUUAUUUAUAGCAAAGGGCACAGAACUGUUCGGAUCCUGUCAUAUAUGGUAUGGAGUAUUCUCACAAAGGGACCAUAUACUGUUAAUUGUCAUUAAUAGUAGCCAAUAUUAGAUAACUGUGUGUCUAAUAUUGUUCAAAAUGAUAUAAUUUGUAAUUUGCACUGUAGAUAGUAAAAUGCUACAUUAACAGUAAACAGCAUGCAAAAAGUAGCAACUCAUUGUCAGCCAGUGAUCCACAAAAACAUACAAUAUACAAACUGUACGAAACAACCAGGAAGCAAAAGAAAAAUCACUUGAUUUUCAAUAUUGUUUGCUUCAUUUUUAAGAAUGUCUCGAUUGACUGCGUUACUACAUGAAUAUUUGAUCUGUUAUGGCACCCUGCAACUAACCAAACACAAAGGGUGCUGUGUUUAUCGAGUCCAAUGAUUUUCGCGAGUGACAAUCCUUCAAAUAGUCUAAUAAGACCGAGGAAGAAAAAAAAAGAGGGGUGUCUUGUUUCUUCUUUGUUUGGAACAAUGACCUUCGGAUAAAAGGCGAGUCAGUGGAGACAUAAAUUAAAGGAUGUGGGAUGAAUUCAGGCAAGGGGAAGGGGAAAAGUUUUGGAUUACUGAAAUGUAAAGGUGAAACCCAGGAAUCUUCAGUUGCAUUAAUUAGACGGUUUACGCGUAAGCAUGCAUUCAUCUAUUCACAGCAUUAUGGUCUCUCUACGUUGUGCCAACUUGGUUUGGAUUUAUCAAAGCACAUUCUACAUUGUGCUUAUAUUUAUGUUAAGGCCUUCAACUUUUUUCUUUUUUUUUUUCUUCAUGGAAAAUAAUUGAAGGAUUGCUCCAUAAAAUCCACAUAUAUCACCAACUUCAGCUGUUACUGAAUGCAGAUUGUCACUAACCAUUAGCUUACUGAGCGUUACUUUAAAUGAAGGUAUUCUCAUUACUCUGUAAGGGUUGUUGUAUUUAAUUCUCACAUAACAACUGUACAUGGUAUUAUUUUUGUUUUUGUUCUAUAGAUUGUAGCACUUAAAUGUGUAAUUAAUGUAUCUACUUCUGGCAUCACAAAUGCCUCGGAGUGUUUUCAGGUGUCUGAUGAUGUUUUGUUUUUAGGUAUCUUGUAUAGUGCAUCUUCUUUUUAAAAAACAAAACAAACAAACUUGUAAAUAUUGGUUUUCUUGAUUUCAAUUGUAAAUAAUGUGACUUUUUCUACAUUAUAUCUUAGUUAAAGCCUGGAAGGGGUCAUUGUGUAAUAUCUAGUGUAUGUAAACAACUUUUAGGGCUGUUGAAAAAAGGAGCAAGGGAAGGGAAGGGAAGUGCCUCAUUGAGACAAUUAAUAAAUUAUUCACCUUCAGUUCUGCUAAACUAAGACUAAAUUUAAAAUACAUUUAAUAUGGUUCAGGAUUUAAAAGGUUUUAAUGGUCCUGCUAGAAAACCACCCCACAAGUAUCCCUCAGGUUCAGUCCCAGAAACAACAUUAUGAUACGCUGCAAUGUCAUUUGGGAUGUAAAAGCCACAAUAUGACAUUUUGAGAAGUCUUUAUUCCCUUUCUUGCCCACAGUUAGAUAAAGAGCAUUACUACUGUUGUUGCUAUAUAGUAUAAAAUAAAUUAAGCUACAAGGACUGGAACAAAACAAAUGCUUCCUCUGAAAAACUGAAAAAUAACAAGUAGGGGGUGUAACAUGGGGCUUAUGCAUCUGACUGUAUCUUUAGACAGAACCAGACUAGUCCCUUCAAUUUCUAUAGCACAUUUAAAAACAGGCAUUGACCCAGAGUGUGUUCUGUUCAACGUAGAUCCUUUAACCAUUUAAAUAUACAAUAAUACAUGGAAUAAAAUAGUCCAAAUAUAAAGCAGGUUGUGUAAAGCAAAUACCUAGAAAGAAGUACAAAACAAUCUAGCUGUUCCAGUUCAUGCUAAGCCAGCUGCCAUAUAUACUCAAAACAUUAAAAUGCAAUAAAUAUAAUUAAAAAAUGCUAGCUUUACAACAUGAUAUACAAUAUACAAAAACCCACAACAAAAAAUAAUAAGUGAUCUAUCAAGAAAAAUAUCCAUGCCUACAUAAUCGCAUUCCUUAUGAUGGUUUUAAAUUUGACAUAAGCUGCAUGUAAUUGUGUUAAAGUUUAGGUCUUUCUGUACAUUGAGCAAAAUUAAGUUGAAUUACUAUCAUUUAUCUAGAAAAUAAACAAUGCAAAUGCUAAUCUGGGAUACUUUUUAUUGUUAAUGAUUAAAAUUGUGGGUUGUGCCAAGCUAACCUGGCUGGCUGCUGAGUGUAGCUGGAUUAAUAUGUAACCAUUUGGCCUUCCUAAAAUGUCUAUUUCAUUCAAAAGCACGCAUCCCUUAUACAUUUGUACAUUUGGACGUAAUUUCCAGUAGCUGAUAGUUAUACCAGUAUUCAUAAAUACUAUUACAUGUGUAUAGGUUAUAUAGUAUUGCACUGCAUAUGGUAUAUAUCAUAAAGGCACAUCUUUCAGGGGGUAAUAGGCUGAUAGAGAGAUUUAAGUCUCAUUUGUCUUGAAUGUCUUAAAAAUUUGCACCAGCUCAUUGGCUAAUCUGAGAGUUAAAGCUCUUUGCCUCAGACCUGACAAGCUUUCCUGACCAAUAACAAAGUGAAUCACACAAAACUGCCUUAAUAUGACUUUGCUCUACUAAAUUAAGUCAUUUUCUUCUUGGCAACUGCAAGAAACUGGAGGGCCUCCUCUCUACUUUGGUUUUAUGAUGCUUAAAGGGAUUACUUUGGUUUAACAGAUGUCUUCAAUAAUAUCCAUCACAAUAGAAUGACCUUCCUUGAAGGCUCUUUGUUCAAUGUACCAUGGGAUAGUAAACACAAUAAAAUUUCAGAAGCUGCAAUUGAAUAUGGAUGCUUUUCCCUGGAUAAUAUUUGUUGAUUCCAAGGGCUAACAGUAACGUGAAAAUGGGGGUUGUGGUCGGGUGUUUAAAAGGCUGCCUUUGGAGGGUAAGGCCCUGGUAAUGUAGCUCAUACUGACAAGACUGAUAGCAAAACCAUAACUGAACUGUACACAUCUGAAAAUCAUUGUCCCUUGUAUACGAAUACAUAUAUUGCUCUAUACUUAAUGUGAAUUUGCUAAAACUUUACUGCAGACAAGCAGUGAAACCAAUAAUAAAGCUCUUAAAGCCA